AUGCACCGAAAUUUGCGUGGAAAGGAUGCUGUUUGGGACGAGCUUAAAGAAGAUGUGACUUCAGCGUUAAAUCUGUAUGCACCCAUCUUGAUGAAGCCCAUGAGCCGCGCCCUCGCUCCCCUUGUUACUCAGGUCACAGCGCAGGGAGAAACGCUGGCGGCAAAGAUCUUCGACUGCUUCCCCUUCCACGAAGCCUGUGGAAACAUCAUUGCGACCAGUCUCUUGGGUCCGGGCGGAGGCGGCCCUUUUUACGUCCGCACGCUGGACAUAGGUCGUAGCGUGGACGAGAAACACUACAUCAUUCUUAUGGAAUACCUAAAGCACGACGCCGAGGUCGCCUACGGUGUUGAGCAGCUCCGACGCGCGGCCCAUCUGCAACAUUUUGACCUU